AUGCGUGAGCUGGAAAUCAUGGGUGGGAAAACCCUUUCACCUUCGGGCAUCACUGGCUGUGUCUGUGACCGGGCGGCCGUGUUCUGCUCUCUUUCAGGAUCUAGAUUUCUCAUCACGUCCACGGGAGCCUUGUAUAUCAAAGAUGUGCAGAACGAAGACGGGCUGUAUAACUACCGCUGUGUCACGCAGCACACGUACACGGGAGAGACCCGGCAGAGCAACAGUGCCAGACUUUUUGUAUCAGACCCGGCGAACUCAGCCCCGUCCAUCCUGGAUGGGUUUGAUCAUCGCAAAGCCAUGGCGGGGCAGCGGGUGGAGCUCCCUUGCAAAGCUCUGGGGCACCCGGAGCCAGACUACCGCUGGCUGAAGGACAACAUGCCCCUGGAACUUUCCGGGAGGCUCCAGAAAACUGUGACGGGGCUGCUCAUUGAGAAUGCACGGCCUUCCGACUCCGGCAGCUACGUGUGUGAGGUGUCCAACCGAUAUGGGACUGCCAAGGUGAUCGGGCAGCUGCACGUGAGACAGCCCCUGAAGGCGACCAUCAGUCCCAGGAAGGUGAAGAGCAGCGUGGGCAGCCAGGUGUCCUUGUCCUGCAGUGUGACAGGAAGCAGCGACCAGCAGCUGUCCUGGUACCGGAACGGCGAGAUCCUCAACCCUGGCAAGAACGUGAGGGUCACAGGUCUCAGCCAUGAAAACCUCAUCAUGGAUCACAUGGUCAAGAGUGACGGGGGUGCCUACCAGUGCUUCGUGCGCCAGGACAAGCAGUCCGCGCAGGACCACGUGCAAGUGAUCCUGGAAGAUGGGACUCCCAAAAUCAUCUCUGCCUUCAGCGAGAAGGUGGUGAGCCCAGCGGAGCCCGUGUCCCUCAUGUGCAACGUUAAGGGGACACCCUUGCCCACCAUCACCUGGACUCUGGACGACGAGCCCAUCCUCAAGGGCGGCGGCCACCGCGUCAGCCAGAUGAUCACGUCGGAAGGGAACGUGGUCAGCUACUUGAACAUCUCCAGCUCGCAGGUGCGGGACGGGGGCGUGUACCGCUGCAGUGCCAACAACUCAGCCGGAGUCGUCCUGUACCAGGCUCGAAUAAACGUAAGAGGGCCUGCAAGCAUCCGGCCGAUGAAAAACAUCACAGCGAUUGCAGGGCGGGACACGUACAUUCACUGCCGGGUCAUCGGCUACCCUUACUACUCCAUCAAAUGGUACAAGAACUCCAACCUGCUCCCUUUCAACCACCGCCAAGUGGCGUUCGAGAACAAUGGGACCCUCAAGCUGUCGGACGUGCAGAAGGAAGUGGACGAGGGGGAGUACACCUGCAACGUGCUGGUGCAGCCGCAGCUCUCCACCAGCCAGAGCGUCCACGUGACCGUCAAAGUCCCGCCCUUCAUCCAGCCCUUCGAGUUCCCACGCUUCUCCAUCGGCCAGCGGGUCUUCAUCCCCUGCGUGGUGGUCUCGGGGGACCUGCCCAUCACCAUCACCUGGCAGAAGGACGGGCGGCCCAUCCCCGCCAGCCUGGGCGUCACCAUCGACAACAUCGACUUCACCAGCUCCCUGCGCAUCUCCAACCUUUCCCUCGUGCACAACGGCAACUACACCUGCAUCGCGCGCAACGAGGCGGCGGCCGUGGAGCACCAGAGCCAGCUCAUCGUCAGAGUUCCUCCCAAGUUUGUGGUCCAGCCGCGGGACCAGGACGGGAUCUACGGCAAGGCUGUCAUCCUCAAUUGCUCCGCUGAGGGCUAUCCUGUGCCUACUAUCGUGUGGAAGUUCUCCAAAGGGGCCGGGGUUCCCCAGUUCCAGCCCAUUGCCCUGAAUGGCCGGAUCCAGGUGCUCAGCAACGGCUCUCUGCUGAUCAAGCAUGUGGUGGAGGAAGAUAGCGGUUACUAUCUGUGCAAGGUCAGCAACGAUGUGGGCGCCGACGUCAGCAAGUCCAUGUACCUCACGGUUAAAAUUCCCGCCAUGAUAACGUCCUACCCCAACACCACGCUGGCCACUCAAGGCCAGAAGAAGGAGAUGAGCUGCACGGCCCAUGGGGAGAAGCCCAUCAUCGUGCGCUGGGAGAAGGAGGACCGGAUCAUCAACCCCGAGAUGGCCCGCUACCACGUGACCACCAAGGAGGUGGGCGAGGAGGUCAUCUCCACGCUGCAGGCCCUUACCAAGAGCAGAGAGUUUAGAGACAAGGUGGGGAACCCCACCGUGAUCAAAAGUGGAGGCUUUCUGUGA